UUGAUAUCUGAUAAAUUUUGUUUAUUUUUUUAUUUUCACUUCAAUAUUCAAUCAAGCAAUUCAAUUAUUUUAAGUUUCUCGUUAAUUAAAAUAAAAUACACCUGUUGGACAUCGAAUUUAAAUACUCCUUUUUUUUAGACUAUGGCUGCCAUUCGAAAAAAACUCGUCAUCGUUGGUGACGGUGCCUGUGGAAAAACUUGUCUGCUCAUUGUGUUUUCCAAAGAUCAAUUCCCAGAAGUUUAUGUACCCACCGUGUUUGAGAACUAUGUAGCUGAUAUAGAAGUCGACGGCAAACAAGUAGAACUAGCACUGUGGGAUACAGCGGGUCAAGAAGAUUAUGAUAGACUAAGACCAUUGUCCUAUCCUGACACGGAUGUUAUCCUCAUGUGUUUCUCCAUAGAUUCACCAGAUUCGUUAGAGAAUAUCCCAGAGAAAUGGACGCCGGAGGUGAAGCAUUUCUGUCCAAAUGUACCGAUUAUAUUGGUUGGUAACAAAAAAGACUUGCGUAAUGAUCCAAAUACAAUCCGCGAGCUGAGCAAAAUGAAACAAGAGCCUGUAAGGCCAGAAGAGGGGCGAGCAAUGGCCGAAAAGAUCAAUGCAUUCGCUUAUUUGGAAUGUUCAGCUAAAAGUAAGGAGGGCGUCCGUGAAGUAUUUGAAACUUCAACUAGAGCAGCUUUACAGGUUAAAAAGAAAAAGAAGGGGCGAUGUCGUCUACUCUAAAUCAAUAGAAAUCAUACAUAAAAAUUAAUAACAUAAAUUGCCAUGGUUUUAUUUUUAAUUAAGUUCUAUUCUCGCGUUUCAGUCUUCCGGGUUUUAGCCAAGCAUAUAUUUCAAUAAAACCUUUUUUUUUAUAUAGAAAGGGUAUAAGGUUACUUAAUUGUCAAAUUCAAUUCUCAUCUAUAAAUAUUGUUUUUCUUUUUGUUAAGAUAUUUAUAUUUAUAUAUAUAUUUUUUUUUACAGAUCCUCUGACCUAUAAUAUACUUUAAACAUUACUCCCUAGGACUGUGCUAACCUUCAAUGGUUACCAAAAUUGAACACCAAAUAUUAAUUAUUGAAAUGACUCGAAAUGAAAUAUAUAUCUUACAAUCAAUAAUCAUAUUAUCUUGUGUAGGAAUUCAAUGUUUGUAGAUUAAGAUUAAAUUGAUCCAAAAAAAUGUAUUAUUAAUACGAUUCACUGACCUUAGGUGUUCCUUAAUCUAAUCACAUCUUUAGUAUUUUUAUAUCCAUUGUACUAGUUUGGAAAAAAAAGUGAUUUUUUUUUCAUCGGGAUUAACCAUAAGGCACAGUGUGUCAAAAUCAUUAACACUAAUGUGUAAAUACUGAAUAUAUCAUUGGUUAUCUUAAAAAUAAAAUUUCAGUAUUACCCAUUGUAUUUCAUCAGUACUUUUUUUUUGUACAUUUAUUGCCUUUUUUAUGUGAACUAAAAAAUAUAUUUCUUUAUAAAUAUGAUAUUAAUACAUAUCAAAAAAAGCUUAAAAAAAUGUAGUUCAGUAGUUGUAAUCACCGUGCUUCUUAAGAAUUACUCUAGUUUAUUUUAUACAUUUCAAAAUAUCUCAGAUAAUAAAUAUUAUAUUAAAAAAUAAUCUUCAGUUGUAAUUUGAUAUUAUCUAUUAUAACUGUUUCAAUAUUAUUUUACUUUUGAAAUGUGGUAUUUACGAGCAUUAGGUAUUAAGUAAAUUAAGUAAUUUUUCUUGAAUUGUAUAAAUUACAUUUUCAAUAAUUUUUUAAACAGCUAAAUGGUGCACUGAAGUAGCAUAUAAAAUCAAAUAUAAAUUAUUUGCAUUGCUUAAAAAACGCACUUUUUAUCCUAUUUACUAUUUAGUAAAGGCGUAGAAUAUAUAUUGUUAGAAAAUGUCUGAUCAAAUUUAAUAAUAUUCGCAGUUAGAACUAUUAUGGUAAAUUUUAACAUUUUUUAUAGUCACCUAUUAAAAGGAUGGCCAUUUAAAAAUUUUUUUAUAGAUUAUUCCCAAAUUUUGAGUUUUACAAUAUAAUAUUUAUUUUUAUACAGUUAUUAUUCUAUAUUAUAAUGUAUUGAGUUUUUGAAAAUAUUUAUGUUAGUAUUGUCAUAGUUUGACAAUUAUAUUUAGCACAAACUUAACCAAUGACAGAUUCUAGCACAAUAUAUAUAUUUUUAAUUUAUUUGUUUUUGAUACAAUAACAUUUAGUUAACACAAUUUUGUUUACUUGAUAUUACCUAAUAAAUAUUUUAAAGAAAGAAAUUAGUGGACGGUAUAAAAAUCAUAUUAUUUUUUAACAGCUAUAAUUGCUUUUAGUGGUAUGUUAUUUAUUAUUUUAUUUUUUACUUUUUAUUAAAGCAUAUACAUUUUUUUAUUUAUUAUUAUUUUUUUAUUUAAUUUAAAAUUGGUUUUCUAAACAUUUGUUUUGUGUAUUUUGAUCAAAUAAAUAUGCAUUUAUUUUGUAAAUUAACGAAAGCUUAUGUUAUAACUCAAUUUAUUUGUAUGGUUUAAAAUUUCAUUUAUAUACAAAAAAUACAUUUAAACUACUAUGAAUAGCUUAUGAAUAUUGUACUUGUUUACUUAUUAAUUAUUAUUAUUAUUUUUUAUAUUCUCAAUAAAAUGUCAUUUUCGACAAUGAAGUUA